UUUACGCAAAUCGAUUAUUUUGAAGUUAUCAUACUAAAAGCUCGCUAGAAAUCGCUAAGAGAAGUCAUAAAACCAUUCUCUGUUGAAGAAAACAUUAAUCCAUAUUGCUCUUCGUUCAUGGUAACUUUCUUCUCUUUGUUUGUUUUCUUCAAAGAAUUACAUAUUCAACAAAGAACAUUGGUUCAAGACUUCACGUAACCACUUACGUUCCAUUAUAUCAACUUGUUAACGUUCAAAUACUUUGACAUGCAUAGGAGAUUAAUGACAUAAUCAUUCAAAAAGAACUUCUUUUGUGCUUGAGACUAGGUUUGAUCAAGUUUUUUUAAUGAACUUUUAAUUUUCUGUCCCGUUUAGGUGAUUGUACCAUUGCUAAUUAAGUUCAACAUUGAAGCUAGUCAUUUCGUUGGCAGCUAAACCAGUGGCCUCUGUAUCUGCCUUACUAUUCUACGGUGGUCUUCUUCCGCGGAAUCUUCAAUUAAAAAGAUUAACCGGCCGAGAAUUUUCAAUUGAUGGCAAUGACCACCUUGUCCGGUUUAUCGUUUCUUUCCUAAAUUGUGUAUGUUAGUUUUCUUUUCUUCUAUUAGAAAAUAAUUAAUUGUAUAUAUAUAUAUAAAUGUUUAACUAUAAUUCUAAUGUUUGAAUUAUUAUAAGUACUAAUACAACUAAUAUUUAUAUAUAUAAUAUUUAUAGUUUGGAUAUUUUGAUACUCGUAAUAUUUGGUUUGGUUUCGGUUCAGAUUCUUCAAAUAUGGGAAACCAUGUACCGUUUUCGAAAAUUUAUGUUGGAUCGGAUUCGAUUUAAAAUUUGGAUCAGAUCCGGUUCAGAACUUUGGGUCCUGAUAAUUUGCCCACUGCCCAGGCUCGGUGGUAGGCAAGUGACUCCUUUGAAAACGAUACUUUUCUAAAAAAAACUGCUAUAUCUUAUUUCCCACCAAACGUACCAACUCCAGUUUUUUAUUAGGUCUGCGUCUCGAGGUGUCUCAAGUAUCAUUGUUGACUUAAAGCUCCUCACAUGUCUUGUCUUUCCUCCUGGAUCUCUUGCUCUCUCAUCUCUCUCUCGCAGUAGACUAUGGCCACCGUCACCGAUACGCCAAUCCGAAUUGGAGUAAUGGGAUGCGCAGAAAUCGCUAGAACAGUCUCCCGUGCCAUCGACCUCGCUCCAAACGCCACUAUCGCAGCCGUUGCAAGCCGCUCUUUAGAGAAAGCCAAAACGUUUGCUACCGCCAAUGGCUACAAACAAUCUGUGAAGAUCCACGGUUCCUACGAAUCGAUUCUUGAAGAUCCAGAGGUUGAUGCUCUUUACAUUCCUCUUCCCACUAGCCUCCAUGUCGAGUGGGCUGUACGUGCUGCCGAGAGUGGAAAGCACAUCCUUCUGGAGAAGCCCGUGGCUAUGAACGUAGCUGAGUUCGAUAAGAUUGUCGCGGCUUGUGAAAAGAACGGUGUUCAGAUGAUGGAUGGUACCAUGUGGGCUCAUCAUCCUAGAACGGCUAAGCUUAAGGAGUUCCUCUUCGAUUCAGACCGUUUUGGUCAGCUCAAAAACAUACAUAGUUGCUUCUCAUUAGCUGUGGAUGAAGACUUUCUUAAAAACGACAUCCGUGUGAAACCGAAUCUUGAUGGUCUCGGUGCGCUCGGAGACCUCGGAUGGUACGCAAUCCGAGCAGCGCUUUUCGCCAACAACUUCGAGCUUCCCAAAAUCGUCGCUGCCUCACCAGGGACUGUUGUGAACGAGGCAGGAGUGAUUCUCUCGUGUGGAGCGUCUCUGAGCUGGGAAGACGGACGAACCGCAAGCAUAUACUGCUCCUUUUUGGCAAACGUAGGGAUGGAGAUAAGUGCCGUUGGAACAAACGGCACACUUUGUGUUCAAGACUUUGUUAUCCCAUUUGAGGAGACCCAUGCGACGUUCACCACUUGUUUGAAAUCUGGGUUCAAUGAUCCAUGGGUUAGUCGCCCGACCGAACACUCGGUUAAGACAGAGAUCCCGCAAGAGGCGUGCAUGGUGAGAGAAUUUGCUAGGUUGGUUGGAGAGAUCAAGAACAAAGGUGCGGAGCCUGACGGGUUUUGGCCAAACAUUAGCCGGAAGACACAGCUGGUGGUUGAUGCUAUCAAAGAGUCUGUUGAAAAAAACUGUCAACAGAUUAGUCUCUCUGGUCGUUGAAG